GCCAUCUAUCAUCCUUUACAUUCAACCUCUAAUGCAAUCCAGAUCAGGCUUUGCUCCCUAUUACCAGGAAGUUUCGGAGAUCGCAUAAAUUGUCGCAUCACUAAUUUCGAUCUCAAUUCUACACUCGAAUUUGAAGCACUUUCAUACACAUGGGGUGAUUUGAGAGAGCGGAUCCCUAUCGAAGCUGAUAGCGAAACGAUACUCAUCACAAAAAGUAUUGCAACCGCUUUAGAGUAUCUCAGGAGCGAAUCGGAUUCUCGAUAUCUUUGGAUUGAUGCCAUUUCGAUAGAUCAGGAGAACAACGACGAACGGAACAGUCAAGUUGCUCUGAUGAGGAGGAUCUAUCGUUCCGCAAUGCGAGUGAUUUCAUGGCUGGGAAUUCGAGAUUCAUCCAUGGACGCAUUUGUCGAAAUG